AUGAACACUAAAAUUAUCAUCCUUUUGGUUGCAUUAUGCGCUUUUGCUUCUGCUCAAGCUGCUCCUGGCCAAAGAAUCAAAUACGAAAUGUAUAUUGAAUCUCUUUGCCCUGACUGCAUGAACUUCAUUUAAAAGUCUGUUGUUCCUGCUAUCAAUGUUUAAAAUUUCUUAGAAAUUGCUGAUUUGACUUUCUAUCCUUAUGGAAAUGCAAAGAGAGACCCUCAAACUGGAGCUGUUACUUGCCAACACGGUGAAAAUGAAUGUUAUGGAAAUAAAAUUGAAGCUUGCGGUGCUAAAUACCUCACCUAAAACUUACAAUAUUUCAAGCUCAUUGCAUGCAUUGAAAAGAAUAUUAAAACUUACUCAGGCAACUUCGAUAAGGUCUUAACUGUUUGUGGCUAAGAUAAAUCAGUCAAAUUAACUUAAGAUUAAGUCAACAGCAUUAGCUAAUGUGCUAACAAUUCUGAAGGUGAUUAAUUAAUUGCUGUCAUUGCUGACAAAACCGAUAGUUUAGUUCCUGCCCAUAAAUACGUUCCAUGGGUUGUUGUCAACGGAGUUCACGACACUGAUGUUGAAAAUGCUGUUAUUGAUAACAUGUUGAAGUACACUUGUCAAAACUACACUGGUCCUAUCAGGCUCCCUGAAUGUGCUAGAUACACUCAAAAUCAAGAAAUUGAAGAAAAGUUAACUGAACUCCUCAAGUACUUAAGAUUUGGCAACAAAAACUGA